GGGAUCUUCAAGUCAGUCAGGGCAGAAGAAACUAGAACUCCCCGAUCAAUACGGGUCCGCAGUGAGGUUACUUAGGUACCUACUAGGCAUGCAGUAGCUAGGAGUUGGGAAUAUAUUGUCGGUUCUGGAACCAUUCAGCCCAAAAUAAAGGUCGAGAUUGACGCGCUUUGCCUCUACCGCGACCCGUACCUUCGGACAAGACAUGGAAUAUCCACUUAAGCUGGGUAGCAACCCUCACCCAAUUACUCUCUCCCAAAAUGGAAAUAUAAUGCUUAUCUCCCAUGGACCUUCGGUCACCGAGAAAUCGAAUGAUGCCGGACUGCUUGGAGGUACUGUAAGAAGACCAGGGUACACCUCGACCGCCGCCCUCGGCUUGGAAUAUCUUAAUCAACAACAAACAACACCAGCCUCACCCAUCACAGACACGAUGGCGGACCAGAUGGCUUUUCUACUCUUCGGGGACCAGUCCCUCGACACACAUGGCUUCCUGGCCGAAUUUUAUAGACGAGGGAACCCGAGCUUCCUAUCGAAAGAAUUCCUCCGAUUAGCCGGCGAUGCUCUAAGGGACGAGGUGGACCGUCUGCCCCGGGAGGGCCGCCGACGGAUUCCGGUGUUCAGAACACUACAGCAACUCAAUGAAAGAUACCACCAGCAGAGGUUGAAGUUCCCCGGCAUAGACUCUGCUUUAUUAUGCAUAGCCCAACUGGCGCACUACAUCGAUCGCUCCGAGAAGGAGCACGAUGAUGUAACCGACCACAGAAACACCAAACUCUCCGGGCUCUGCACUGGGCUGUUUGCGGCAACCGCUAUUGCGUCGAGCUAUUCACUUUCGACGCUCCUCCCAAUCGCUGUUCAAGUCGUUCUGUUGGCGUUUAGGACAGGAUCUCACGUAGCGUCGUUAGCAGAGAGGCUUGACCCCUCUACGGAAGAGUCAGAAAGCUGGACUUAUGUGUUGCCUGCCGCCAAAGAAGCCGAGGCAAAGUCCAUCCUCGCAGAGUUUCAUAGAUCGGAGGGAAUCUCUCAAGCUGCGCAAGCUUAUGUUAGCGCCGUAUCCGCGAAUAACAUCGCGGUGUCUGGUCCGCCCGCAACCUUGAGGUCUUUAUUCAGCAAAGAUUUAUUUGAAUCGAGGCCAACGGCUAUACCAGUUUAUGGCCCGUACCAUGCGAAGCACUUGCAUGGGCUGGUGGAUAUCAAAGAGAUGCUUCGACUCGAUGAUGAGGCUGUCACUGCAGCACUCGCCGGAUCCAAACCCCGAAGUGUUGUUAUGUCUACCGUGACUGGGGCGCCAUUCCCCGAGACGGACACUAAAGCUCUUCUCAUAGCCGUGGUUCACGAGAUAUUAAACGAACCCUUACUAUUCCACAAGGCUUUAAGCGGAAACGCCAAUGAGGCACGGGGGUUUAAGGGAUCUCGAAUUUUGGUGAUUCCAUAUGGACCGACUCAGGCUGCAGGCACGCUAGCCAAUGUCCUGAGGUCGCAGACGAAGUCAGAGGUCGUACUUCGAUCACCUCCUCAAGUUUCUCGCGAGGCUACGGUGACCUCAAUUGGUAACCACGGAUCUACGGGCAACUGUAAGUUGGCGAUCGUCGGCAUGGCUGGUCGCUUCCCGGAUUCGGCCAGUCACGAAGCCCUGUGGGAGCUCCUUGAGAAGGGUAUAGAUGCCCAUCGUGUCGUCCCAGCUGAUCGGUUCCCGGUCGAAACUCACUAUGACCCUACUGGGAAAGCAAUAAAUACCAGCCACACCCCUUACGGUAACUGGAUUGAAAACCCGGGUUUCUUUGACCCGCGGUUCUUCAACAUGUCACCUCGGGAAGCCCUGCAAACGGACCCAAUGCAGCGCAUGGCCCUGACCACUGCCUAUGAGGCCCUCGAGAUGUCUGGUUACGUGCCGAACCGGACACCUUCUACGAGACUAGACCGUAUCGGUACCUUCUACGGCCAAACGUCAGAUGACUGGCGUGAGAUCAAUGCCGCCCAGGAGGUCGAUACGUACUAUAUUACCGGCGGUGUACGUGCUUUUGGCCCCGGUAGGAUCAACUACCAUUUCGGCUUUAGUGGCCCUAGUUUGAACAUCGACACAGCGUGUUCAUCUAGUGCCGCCGCACUCCAAGUCGCUUGCACUUCCUUAAGGGCCAAGGAAUGCGACACCGCCAUCGUUGGCGGUCUCUCCUGCAUGACGAACUCUGAUAUUUUCUCUGGUCUCAGCCGCGGGCAAUUCUUGAGUAAGGAACACAAUUGCAACACAUUCGACAAUGAUGCCGAUGGGUAUUGUCGAGCCGACGGUUGUGCGUCGGUAAUUGUGAAGCGACUUGACGAUGCGUUAGCGGAUAAGGAUAAUAUCCUUGCUGUCAUCUUGGGGGCGCAGACGAAUCAUUCCGCGGAUGCGAUUUCGAUAACGCAUCCCCAUGGCCCGACACAGUCUAUCCUAUCCUCGUCUAUUCUUGAUGAAGCCGGCGUGGAUCCGCUUGAUGUUGACUACGUUGAAAUGCACGGUACUGGAACUCAAGCUGGCGAUGGCACAGAGAUGGUAUCUGUCACAGAUAUUUUUGCCCCCGCUAACCGGCACAGACCCGCGGACAGGCCCCUAUAUCUCGGUGCUGUGAAAGCCAACAUUGGCCACGGUGAAGCUGCCUCGGGCGUCACCGCUCUGAUCAAGGUCUUAAUGAUGCUGAAAAAGAAUGCGAUCCCGCCUCACAUCGGGAUCAAGAAGGAGAUCAACAAGACCUUCCCAACGGACCUCGGCGAACGCGGUGUAAACAUCGCGUUCCACAAGACACCCUUCGUAAGGAAGGAUGGAAAGCCUAGGCGGGUUUUUGUUAACAACUUUAGCGCAGCUGGUGGCAACACCGGUCUGUUGCUCGAGGACGGACCCCGCUACAAGACGCCUACCGUAGACCCUCGCAGUCAUCAUGUAAUUACCGUAACGGCCAAGUCAAAGGCCGCUAUGAUUCGAAACGCCGAAAACCUGGUUCAAUGGAUGGAGGAGAACCCCUCUACUUCCGUCUCGCACGUGGCAUAUACUACGACUGCUCGUAAGAUCCAGCACUACUGGCGCAUGAACGUAACUGCUACUAGUUUGGUUGAAGCCCAAGAAGCGAUCAAGGAGCGCCUCAAGUCUAACUUCGUACCCGUUACUCCGGAGCAACCUAAGGUAGCAUUCUUGUUUACUGGCCAAGGUUCUCACUAUGCUGGCCUCGGAAGGGACCUCUACGCACACUACUCUAUAUUCCGCCGAGCUAUCAACGAGUACGACCAACUCGCUCGUAUUCACGGCUUCCCAUCAUUCCUCCCCCUUAUUGAUGGUAGCGAACCUGAGAUUCAAAAACUCUCCCCUGUCGUCGUCCAACUCGGCCUAGCUUCUUUCGAGAUGGCUCUGGCCAAGCUUUGGGCUUCCUGGGACAUUCAUCCUAGUGCUGUUCUGGGCCACAGCUUGGGCGAGUACGCCGCCCUCCACGUCGCAGGCGUUUUGUCCGCCAGUGACACCAUCUACCUCGUUGGUGCUCGUGCUCAACUCCUUGUUGAAAAAUGCACAGCAGGUACUCACGCAAUGUUGGCUGUCCAAGGCUCGGUCGAAACUGUUACGGAGGCACUUGGUGAGCGCGCAUCAUCCACCAAUAUUGCUUGCAUCAACGGUCCUAGGGAAACCGUCCUCAGCGGAACGUCUACCGAGGUGGCUGAGAUCGCCGAACAGCUUGGUGGCGCCGGAUUCAAGUGUACUCAGCUCAAGGUGCCAUUUGCUUUCCAUUCAGCUCAGGUGGAGCCGAUUUUGGACGAUUUUGAGAAGUUGGCCCGCUCGGUUCGUUUCGAGCAGCCCAAAAUUCCAGUCAUUUCCCCUCUCCACGGAAAGCUUCUCGAUGGUGAGCCUAUCAACCCUGCUUACCUUCGUGAUCAUGCUCGAGAGGCUGUUAACUUCCUCGGCGGCCUUGUUUCUGCUCAACAAUCAGGUGUUAUCGAUGAGAAGACCGUUUGGAUCGAGGUUGGCCCGCACCCUGUCUGUGCUAACAUGGUUAAGGCUGCGUUUGGUGCAAGCACAAUUGCUGUUCCAUCAUUGCGUCGCAAUGAUGGUACAUACAAAACUCUUAGCUCAACCCUAACCACACUUCAUUCAGCAGGUUUGAACAUUGACUGGAACGAAUAUCACAGAGAUUUCGACAAUUCGGUUCGCCUACUCGACUUACCAACCUAUUCCUUCGACCUAAAGAAUUACUGGCUGCAGUACACCGGCGAUUGGUCUCUGACCAAGAACCGAGGUGCCUUGGCUGCUCCUAAGGCUAUUGAGCCCAGCAAGCCGAAGCUAUCGACAACCACCGUCCAGAAGGUCACUAAGGAAGAAGUUCACGGCGACAUUGCUAUCCUCGAGACCGAAUCGGACUUAUUGGAGAAGAACAUGCGAAAGAUCUGUGAGGGCCAUCGUGUUAAUGGUACUACCCUUACGCCAUCAACCCUUUAUGGGGAUAUGGCUAUGACUAUUUGCGAGUACGGCUAUAAACUUCUACGACCUGAUGCUAAGGAUAUUGGUAUGGACGUCGCCAAAAUGGAAGUACCUAAGACUCUCAUCUUUAAUAGCAAGUUGGAAAGCCAAAUCCUGCGCAUGCACGUCAAGAUUAAUGCGGCCGAGAAUGUGGCUGAUAUCUCGUUUACGACCGGUGAGGGCGCUCAGAAGGCUGAGCAUGCUGUCUGCAAAGUCUUCUUCGGGGAUAGCCAGCAGUGGCUGGAUGAGUUUGGGCGUGUUAGCUACUUGAUUAAAUCACGCAUUGACGCGCUUAAGGCUGCCGAGCAGCGUGGUGAUGCUUCGAAGAUCGGCCGCGGUAUUGCUUACAAGUUAUUUUCUGCUCUGGUCGACUACGAUCAAGCAUACCGAGGCAUGGAAUCUGUCAUCUUGGACAGUGAGACUUGUGAGGCGACUGCUAAAGUCGUUUUCCAAACAGGGCCUGAUUGCGGGACUUUCCACACUCCGCCGUACUGGAUUGACUCUGUUUGCCACAUUUCUGGCUUCAUUGUCAACGGUACUGAUGCCGUUGACUCCCGUGAGCAGGUCUAUAUUUCUCAUGGCUGGGGUAGCAUACGCUUUGCUGAGCGUCUAGAUGGGUCGAAGACAUACCAGAGCUAUAUCCGCAUGCAAAAUGUUAAGGGCACGAAGAUGAUGGCUGGUGAUGCUUACAUAUUCGAUGGCGAUAAGCUCAUCGGUGUCGGCGGUGAUAUCCGCUUCCAGGCUAUCCCCCGCAAGGUUCUCAACAUUGUCCUGCCUCCCCAAGGUGCUGCCGCCGCUGCUUCCGCCCGCGCAGCGCCCGCUGCGAAGCCUGCGGCCGCCAAGGCUCCUGUCAAGGAGAAGAAGCAGGUCAACUUACCAGCCGUGAACAAGAAGCUGGCCCAGGCCUCCGUUACCUCUCAAGUCAUCGACGUUAUCUCUAAGGAGACUGGUGUUAGUCACGAUGAGCUUGCGGACAACAUCGCUUUCUCUGACCUUGGCGUUGACUCAUUGAUGGGUCUCACCAUCAGUGGGCGCCUCCGUGAAGAGCUUGAAUUGAACAUUGACUCCCAUGCUUUCAAUGACCAUAGCACCAUCGGUGCUUUCAAGAAGUUCCUCGCCCAGUUCGAAUCGUCGACGCCAGUUGUUGUUUCCGAGUCGAGCGGCUCAAGCGGUACCUCCGACAGCGACGAUGACAUCGAGUCGGACUCUGAAGUCACUACUCCCGGCGAGAGUGACAAAGGCUCAGUAAAGGGCGACGCCACAUCUGGAAGCAACAGUGAGCUUCAGCAGAUCGUGCGGGAGACUAUCUGUGCCGAGAUGGGUGUUGAAGUCGAAGAGAUUGUCGCUGCUCCCGACUUAGCUGCGCUUGGUAUGGACUCCCUCAUGAGCUUAUCCAUCUUGGGUAUACUUCGUGAGAAGACCGGCCUCAACAUUCCGGGCGACCUCUUGGGCCACAAUCCUUCUCUAAAGGAUAUCGAACGAGUGCUUGGAAUUGAAGACAAGCCCAAGCGUGCGGCGCCCGCCCCGAAGCCUGCUGCACCGAAAGCUGCCAAGGUCAAGACCGAGUCUAAAGCUGUAGCCAAAGCUGACACCGCGGUAACAAAGUCUGUAGUGGUCAAUGAUCCUUACCCUCACCGAAAGGCCACAUCCGUCUUACUUCAAGGCAACCACCGAACGGCUACUAAGCAGUUAUUCAUGAUUCCCGACGGCAGUGGUAGCGCCACAUCAUACACCGAAAUCUCGGAGCUUGGACCAGACGUCGCUGUUUGGGGUAUGUUUUCACCCUUCAUGAGGACCCCCGACGAAUACAAAUGCGGAGUCUACGGGAUGGCGACCAAGUUCAUCGAGGAGAUAAAGCGUCGUCAACCACAGGGACCUUACGCCGUUUCCGGUUGGUCCGCUGGAGGUGUGAUUGCCUACGAGAUCGUGAACCAGUUGACCAAGGCUGGCGAUGAAGUAUCUCACCUAAUUCUCAUCGACGCGCCUUGCCCUAUCACCAUCGAGCCCCUGCCUUCCGGUCUCCACGCUUGGUUCGCCUCAAUCGGCCUCCUUGGUGAGGGCGACAGCGCGGAAGCCAAGAAGAUUCCAUCGUGGCUUCUGCCACAUUUCGCUGCCUCUGUUACCGCCCUGUCCAACUACACAGCAGAGCCUAUUCCUAAGGAAAAGUGCCCCAAAGUGACGGCUAUCUGGUGCGAAGACGGCGUCUGCCAUCUCCCUACCGACCCGCGUCCGGAUCCGUAUCCCACCGGUCAUGCUCUCUUCCUACUUGACAACCGAACAGACUUCGGUCCUAACCGGUGGGAUGAGUACCUCGACGUUGGGAAAUCUAAGUUCUAUCACAUGCCCGGGAACCAUUUCUCGAUGAUGCACGGCGACCUUGCGAAGCAGCUCGGCGGUUUCAUGAAGGAAGGCAUCCACCGUUAGAGCGAACACGCUUCACAUAUCUCUUUUUACUAUGGGUCUCCUAUGCGUGUAAGACCAUAAUCUUGACAGUGUAUAUAUGUUAUCUCCGGGGGCUACGCUCACUUUUCUUUUUUCCUUUCUUUUCAUGUUUGGUAGGUACGGGCUUGCGACAAUUCGGGCUUAUAAUGUCGUCGGCUCAUUCGGAUCAGAAUCACUAGGGGGAGUCGGCGCUGCGAAUAUGCGGGUGUGAGGAAUGAAGAUGAUGUGGGAACCUAUUCAUAGAAUUUUGUCGCAGGUGCGAAAUCGUUGAUACAUACUACUACUGGCCUACCACGAUGUAUUCAAUUAGCCCCCUCUUUAGACGAGGAUCUCGACACACCAGUUCUGGCAC